CCUGAUAUCCCCAUCUUCCCUUCCUUUUCUCUCUACAAGUCCGCAGUAUCAAAUUUGAUAUUCCCCACCGCUAAUUGAUUGGAUACCCCAUCAGUCGCUUCGGGGUAUUUUAUUCGGACUCUCUCGUUUGGCCUUUGUUUACCAAAGUAUACGCCUUAAUACCUUUCACCAUUUCUCAGUAAACCACCCAAGAUGCGUUUCUCCGUCGUCUUUACCCUUGCCGCUACUUUUGGCUACGCUGCCGCCCAGACUGCCACUGGGUCUGCUGCAGGGCCUCAGCAAUCAUCAUCCUGUGCCGCACAGAAUAUUGUUGAAGCCUGCAAGUCCACCACCGGGCUCCAGGUCUCAGCCUGCACAGUCCAGGACUGGCGCUGCCUAUGUGAUGCCUAUACCGUCGUUUUGACCUGCUACGACUCCUGUCCCGGUGACCCGAACCGCUCCGGAGCCGAAUCACAGAAGGUUUCCUACUGCAACGCUGCCGACGGUCAAUCCUCCUUAAAUGCCUUGACCUCCAGCAUUAAGCCUACCAAGGCCACUGCAACCACCGCCAAGUCCACGGUCGAGUCCACGGUGGAGUCCGGAGCCGAAACGUCGGCGAGAAAACCCACUUCCCGGCCCUCUUCGGCUUCCGCAUCUGCUGCGGAUUCCAGCAGCACCGGUGCCGCCGGUGCCAUUACUGUACCGGCUGCUGGGGGACUCUUCGCUGCCCUUAUGGGAGUGGUGGCACAGUUCUAA